AUGAACCCGGAGUUAAAAAAGACCUGGACUCCUGCGGUCAAUGUCUUGACCUGGUUCAUGCUGGUCACGGCCAUUCUGAGCGUGUUGACCCGGCUGGGGACAAAAUACUUUAUGUUUCGCAAGUUUACAAUUGACGAUGGCCUUGCCGCCUCGUCGAUGGUUCUCUGCAUCGCGCAGUCUAUUGCCGUCUCGAUGGGAACUGCUAAUGGACUCGGACAGCACCGUGACUUGCUGCCUGAUUUCAGAGUCGAGAACAUGAUGAAGGCUGAAUACGCCGGAACCAUCCUCUUUAUUGCAGGCAUUUGCUGCUCAAAACUCUCGCUUUUGAUAUUCAUUCGUAACUUGACCCCCGCAUCGUUGGAUCGCCGCUUUUCGCUUGUGCUAGGAAUAGUGAUCGGACUAUGGACCAUCGCUAGCAUAUUCACAGCCGCGUUCCAAUGCCAUCUACCGCAGACAUGGGACUAUCUAAACGGGAAGUGUUUUGACCGAACUGCGUGGUGGAAUUAUCUCGGCGUUACAAACAUAUUGUCAGAGGGUGGCAUAAUUGGCCAGGCAUUACUGGUCAUCGUUCGCAUCCAAACCGAUUUCAACAGAAAGGUGGGAGUGUUCAGUGUGUUCUUAAUCCGAGUCGUCGUUGUUAUCGCGAUUAUCUGCCAACUUGCUUAUGCCAGUAGCACUUUAUCCUCUUCUGAUUCAACCUUUGAUACCUGGGCCGUCGUAGUUUCAACCCAAGUGGCUCAAGCCUUGAGCAUUGUCACGGCUUGCUCUCCCCAGUUCAAGCCUUUCCUAGAUAAUCUACGGUCAUCGGGGAUGGGUCUUGGAUUGUCUAGCUCCAACGGCUAUGGCAGCAAGCACAAGACAUAUGGCAUGAGUACCUUGAAGGCUUCUCGUCGCACUAUGGAAACUCGAAGUGAUACUCACGAACUAGUCUCACUGCCUGAGGGAAGUCAUCAUACGGUGGUUACAUUGGCACCGGACGACGAUGCCGAAAGCCAGUCCAGUCGUUCUAACAUAAUUAUGGAGACCCGGACCUGGACCGUGACCGAAGCGUUCCGAGAUUGA